AUGGCUGCGCGUCCUUCUGUCAUGACGUCUCGUUCAUCUGCUGCUAAUUUGCAACUGGAUCCAGCAAAUAUAGAGAGCCGGCCAUGGGCCUUGCCGCGCUCGUCGUCUUUGGCGGCAACAGUCGGCCAAACGCUCCCUGAUGACUUUAAUCCUGACGACCUGUUCUCCAAACAUACCAUCUCAGAGGUUAAGGUUGUACAACAACGGUUUAGGUCCAAUGCUGAGGCCAAGCAAGAGGAGCUUCGGAUCAUGGUCGGGGAACGGUAUCGUGACCUCCUCCAGGCAUCUGCGUCUAUCAUCUCAAUGGCAGAGACUUCCAAGCAUGCCAUGAAGGCAUUCAACGAGAUGCACGCAGUUGUCAGCUCAGUGGAGAUGGCACGGGCACCAAAAAGGACCUCGAUUGCAGAAGAAGACAAACACCUCCAAGCGCUGCAAUCCCUCUCUGCUCACCUUAAACUGCUGCUCGACGCACCUGAGCACCUUUGGCGGUUUAUGGAACAACAACAAUAUUAUCACGCCGCCUGGCUCUUCUUGACCACACGCGUUGUGCAUCGGACUUUGUUACAGGAAGAGAACGGUGAUCAAAGCUGGCGGGUAUGCGGCAUAAACGUCCUCGAGCAGGUUCCACUUGUGCAACGACAAUGGGACGCAGUAUCGCAGUUUCGUCCUCAGAUUGCGCAUAAGGCGACACUUUCAUUGCGAGAGCUUACCACAUCACCUGGGGAGGUAUGCGCUACCCUUCUCACUCUCCAUCUGCUUGAGUCACGUCCACUGGCGGAAACUGCAUCGAUCUUUCUUGCGCAGAGAUCAAAAACCCUGUCCUCGGCUCUGUUGCAGAGUGGUGAACAUCUGCCUAAUGGGCCUACUCUCGGUUCGUCCGAGUCAGACAGCAAAUUGUCUAGCAGAUCCCGAAAACUUGUCGUGCGUGAAAUUAAGCAAAAAAUACGAAACGUCAUGGACAUCAUAUCCCGUACGGUAGGAUUAGCGCGAGUCAUUUUCGAACAUCGCAAUGGUUCGAACGAGCCGUCGAUGAUGGAGACAGCUCUAGAGUUCAUUCAAUCAGACAGUGCUCACUCCAGAUCGCUACCCAGCGAACUGAGAUUGAGUAUACAGUCCUUAUUAUCAAGCCUUCCUUCUUCGACACACCAUCUUCUCUCAGCCAAUAUUCGAUCGUACAAACCAUACGUCGAUGUAAAAUCUUCCUCUUCCGCUAUCUCACAAUCAGAGUUUCAUGACAGGGUAUCCACCUGGUUCACAAAAUCCGUGGAUACUGCACGGGUGGCUAUUACCCACUGGUUCUCCAUUUUGUUGACUGUCCAAGAAGUUUGGGAUGUUCGCUCAUCUUCGUGGAAUUGGAUUUUAACUCUCGAUGGGCUAGACACAAGCGAGAAAAGACAUAUCAAGUCACUCUUUGAUGAGCUCACGCAGCGUCAAGUGAAAGCUGUAUGGAAAUCGACGCUGGACCUUGUGGAAGCGUCAUUCGAGGAGCGCUUAGAUUCUGCUCUUGGUGUCUUGAUGGGCGACCCACAGGCCGACGUUUCUGACCCACAGCCAGUAGAGUAUCUAUUUCGAGCACCGCCGAUCUCAGCGCCUUCAUCCUCGCCGAGCAAAAUGAACCCAUCCCCGGCUGUGAUUUCAUUUCAGCGAUAUCGGUCUUCUCUGCAGCGCCAAUUGGACGGGCGAACCCCUCUGUUAGACGAUUUUUUAAGCAUGGGUGAACAAUAUGCUCUUGAACUCGAGAAAGAUAUGCAGGUCAUUCGGGAUGUAGAUUCAGAUUCCCAGUACGCACAAUUUUUUUUCGCUACUUUCACCAUUGGCCUCACCACCGUGCUUGUCAGCAUGAUGUCGGCACAGCUACUUGAGAGCUAUCGACCCGGUGCUGAGGCGCUAUGCUUCAAGCUCGUUGACUUACUGGAGAAACGCGCGAAUGCGUCCGACAAUGCUGAGAUAUCAAAACUUGCACUGAUAUUUCUGAGUCGGAUUGCUGGCGAAUACUCGAGUUCAACAUUCCCGAGAGUCAUUGGCUGCAGUGAUGCUGCGAUUGAAGUAUUCCAAGAACGGAUGCAUAAUUUGCACGCAAAAGCACUUGAACAGUGGAGGCAGUGCAUAGUUCAACAGAGCGUGGAGAAACAUUGGCUUGACUCAUCUUCUCGCCCCGCGACAUCGCGCGCCAAGAGUGGUAACAUUCUUGACAAUUGUCGUGUCGGUUCUUUGACAUUGACUGCAGCCACAGAUACGUUUACUUCUGCACGACUAUCGUCUUCUAUGACUGCGGUUCUCCUUUCGUUAUCAACAUCGAUGUAUGAACUGGGAGCUUUUGCCGACCCGUCCUACUCACAGCAUGCUGUGGGUAUGUUGAGGAGCCUGAUUGUUUCCCUCCUGGACAAUUAUGAUUUAGAUGAAGGACUUAAGGAGCAGGCCGAUGUGCAGAUAUAUCAUGACUUUAGAUUUAUGCAGAAACUCGUAGAGCUGUGGGGGAACAUGCGGUCAGAGGCCACAGACCGAUUGGAUUCUCAUCUUCGGAGCAUUGGUGGCAAGCUCCUCACCCAAGGCAUCCCUGUAUCAUUACUUGAUAUAGACCGAGAAAUUUCGGAACAACUGUCUAGGAUGCAGAACCUGAUCACACCUCUCCUCCCACAGCCUGUCUCCAACUCGGCAUCGCUUACUUCCAAAGGGGCUGUCAAUACUGGAGCUUCGUCGAGUCUUCUGCGUUAUGGUGUACCUUCUGUUGAACAGGGUUCGCUUCCCGCUCUCGAUCUCGUUAAGCCUUCUGCACGAUUUGGCUUACUACUUGUCGGUACAACAACAGUACGAUAA